AGUGCUAUCAUGCAAUGAAAUCACACAUGUUGCUUUAAAGUCGCUCUCAUGAAAGUAUACAAAAUUAUAGUAUUUGGCUGAGAAAAAAAAAAAAAAAAGUAAAGAAAGCUGAAUAAGGAGGUAUCCAUGGAGGACAAGAAUAGUAGAAAUUCAAAAGUGGUAUGUGUUACAGGUGGUGCAGGUUAUAUAGCUUCUUUUCUGGUGAAAAAACUUCUUGAAAAAGGUUACACAGUUCAUGCCACCCUCAGGAACUUGGAGGAUAAAUCAAAGGUAGGCUUGUUGAAGAGGUUGCCUAAUGCAGAGGGAAAUUUGAAGCUAUUUCAAGCUGAUAUCUAUAGGCCAGAAGAAUUUGAGCAAGCAAUACAAGGCUGUGAAUUUGUUUUCCAUGUGGCCACUCCUUAUAUACAUUCUGAGGGAUCUCAGUACAAGAAUAAGUUAGAAGCAGCAGUUGCAUCAGUGAAGAAUAUUGGAAUGGCUUGUAUAAAUUCUGGUACUGUGAAGAGGCUUAUAUAUACUGGCACUGUUCUUGCUGCUUCACCAUUAAAGGAUGAUGGCAAUGGCUUCAAAGAUUUGAUGGAUGAAACAUGUUGGACUCCUCUCAAUGUCCACUUCCCUUAUGGUGAUGAUCUUGUUACGGACUAUGUGGAAUCAAAGACAACAUGUGAGAAAGAAAUCUUGAACUUUGGGAAAUUACAUGGAAUUGAGGUUGUAAGCUUAGGUUGUGGUCUUGUUGGAGGUACAACACUCUUGUCAAAUAUCUCACCAAGCAUGGCUAAUAUAUUGUCAGUGGUAACUGGUGAAGAAAUUUAUUACAAACAAUUCAAGUUCCUAGAAGAGGCUAUUGGUAAAGUACCAAUUGUACACAUUGAAGAUGUCUGUGAAGCUCACAUUUUUUCAAUGGAAAAUAAUUCUAUGGAGGGUAGAUUCUUGUGUGCUAGCUCCUUUGUUUCUACUGCAGAAAUUGCAAGUUACUACCAAGAGAAAUACCCUGAGUUUCAUAUCAAUCAAAGGUACUUGGAUGAUCCAAAGAGAGAAGUGAAGUGGGGAUCAAAUAAGCUUAUGGAGAAGGGUUUUGUGUACAAAUAUGAUAUAAAGAAGAUAUUGGAUGAUACUAUUAGCAGUGCAAAGGAACUUGGAGUCCUCAACCUACCAUCACCUGUUUAAUGGGAAAUUCUAAUUUCCAUAUGUGAAAAAUAUUUACUUGCAUCCGGUGUUUGUAACAAUUCACUUCUGAGAAAAAAUUUAUAGCCACACAAAUGCUAUGACUUCUUUAAGAUCACGACUUGCAAAAGUCUUAUAUGGCCACACAAAUUAUACCAAAUAAAUUGGAAUGGAGAGAGUAGUAAUAGUGUCUCUAUACAACACUUUGCAGUCAAGUGGAAGGAAGCCGUAGAAUCAUGUGGUAAAAAUUUCCUCGCACCAGGUGUUUACAUCGACCUGAUGAAAACAUGACAUGUGUCUGUGCACAUACUUUAUCAGUAAAUCAUAGUUAAUUAAUACACAUUUUCACCUAAAUUUACGACUUAACCAUGACAAAUGAUAUGAUUUGGUGUAAAUACCGAGUGGUUGGCCGGUAACUUUGAGUAUUUUCUAUCCAGUGCAGUAUCCCUUCUUUUUUAAUAGGCUGUGCUCCUAAAUUUCAGUUCCUCCGUACUGCGGAUCGCAUUUCAGUUGGGGCAUUUCAGGUCAUUUCAGGGCAAGCGGAUCAUUUAUUAUGAAGAGGAUGAGCUUCAAGAGAACGAUUCAUAGUUCUUGCAGAGUGGAACCAUGCAAUACCAAACAAACGUUACGACAUAUAAAUGUAUCUGCUUUACCUCCAGGAAUGUCUGAUAAAAAUUUCACUGCUAAUUUGAUGUGUGUUUUCAGAAUCUUGAAAUGCAUAACUCACUGAUCUUUAUUUAAUGCUGUGAAGAAUCCACUGAAUAUUUUAAGCGCUUAACUCUGCCCGUGGAAUUAACCACUGAUUCUUGCGUUACAUUAGGUUACUUACAUCACACCCCUCUGGCGUGCGGCCCUUCUGCGGACCCUACAUGAACGCAGGAUGCUUGGUGCACCGGGCUGCCCUUUUUUAACUCAGAUGUGAUGAUCUUCCUAGGUCUAUAGAGAAGUUUUCUGGUCAGAAAUUUAUGUAAAGAUUUGAUUCAGGGUUACCUAGCCCUCCCUCAAAUAGUGUUCUUGUUUCUUGACUAAUAUUAGAGGAAUAACAUAGAAAGAAAGUUGUAAGUUGAAUA